AUGGAAGCGCUCUCUCCCCAGGGACCUCUCCGGAGCGGGCUGGCUUUCCCCAUGCAGCUGGGCAGGCACCCGGCGGCCGCAGGCAGGAUGCCGUGCCCGGCCCCGGCCGACACCCUCCGCGGGUUCCGCUGGAGCCCGGCCCGGCGCAAGGCCGCGGCUGCCUUCGCACCUCUGCCCCCGCCCGGCACCGGCGGUGCCCGGACCGGCGCGGCGCUGCCCCGCCCUGGGACCGGGAACGGGAGCGGCAUCGGCAGUGCCAACGCGAUCAGGACUGGUGCUCGUCUCCGCGUUGGUGGCAUCAGCGCUGGCAUCGCCAGCAUGGCCCUGGGCACUGCACUGCCCUGGAACUGGGGCCAGCGCUGGCAGUCUGCACAGGGCCGGAAAAGGAAAAUCAGCCUUGGUGGAAGAAAACCAGAGAAGGGUUCCCAGAUUUCAAGGUUUGCAAAUGAAGCAGUAAAUUGCUUGGAUCAGCAUGUCGAAAAGUCUCCUAACAGAGUGGCUUUGAUUUGGGAGAGAGAUGAACCUGGCACUGCAGUGCAUGUCACAUACAGGGAACUCCUGGAUCUGACUUGCCGCCUUGCCAACACCCUGAAGAAAUAUGGGAUCCAGAAAGGGGACAGGGUGGCCAUCUAUAUGUCUGUGUCCCCCUUGUCAGUGGCAGCCAUGCUGGCUUGUGCCAGGAUUGGUGCUGUUCACACUGUGGUCUUCGCUGGAUUCAGCGCCGAGUCCUUGGCUGGGAGAAUCAUGGACUCUGGAUGCAAAGCAGUUAUCACCUACAACCAGGGAGUCAGGGGAGGCCGAACUAUAGAGCUGAAGGCAACUGUGGAUGAAGCUGUGAAGAACUGUCCAAGCAUCAGACAUGUGUUUGUGGCUCAGAGAACAGAUAACAAAGUCCAGAUGGGCGACCGUGAUAUUCCCCUUGAAGAGGAGAUGACCAAGGCAGAUUCCAUCUGCGCUCCGGAGAGCAUGGACAGUGAAGAUGUGCUCUUCAUGCUGUACACCUCAGGCAGCACUGGGAAACCCAAAGGAAUUGUUCACACCCAGGCUGGAUACCUGCUGUAUGCUGCUCUCACACACAAGUAUGUGUUUGACUACCAGCAAGGUGAUGUUUUUGGCUGUGUGGCCGACAUUGGCUGGAUCACAGGACAUAGCUAUGUUGUGUAUGGACCACUCUGCAAUGGAGCCACCUCUGUCCUGUUUGAAAGCACUCCAGUGUACCCUGACCCAGGUCGUUACUGGGAAGUGGUGCAAAGGUUAAAAAUUAAUCAGUUUUAUGGAGCACCUACAGCGAUACGCCUGCUGCUGAAUUAUGGAGAAGAGUGGGUGAAGAAAUAUGACAGAUCUUCCUUGAAGGUUUUGGGUUCAGUGGGAGAGCCCAUCAACAAGGAAGCUUGGCAGUGGUUCUACCAGGUGGUGGGAGAAGGGCGCUGUGCCCUUGUGGACACAUGGUGGCAGACGGAAACUGGUGGCAUCUGCAUUGCCCCACGGCCCUCAGAGGAGAAAGCUGAGAUCAUUCCAGCUAUGGCUAUGAGACCUUUUUUUGGGAUUGUGCCUGUGCUCAUGGAUGAGAAUGGAGAGGUUAUAGAGGGCAAUGAUGUGUCUGGUGCACUCUGCAUUGCCCAGCCCUGGCCUGGCAUGGCAAGAACAAUCCAUGGAGAUCACCAGCGCUUUAUUGAUGCCUAUUUCAAAGCCUACCCAGGUUACUACUUCACAGGGGAUGGUGCUUACAGGAGCCAGAAGGGCUAUUACCAGAUAACAGGGCGCAUGGAUGAUAUCAUUAACAUAAGCGGACACAGGCUGGGGACAGCAGAAAUAGAAGAUGCAAUGGCUGAUCACCCUGAGGUCCCCGAGACAGCUGUGGUUGGGUAUCCACAUAAGAUCAAAGGAGAAGGUGCCUUUGCUUUUAUAGUGCUAAAGGAGCAGACACCUCGUGUAGACCACAUCAAAGAAGAGCUCAAAACCAUAGUGGCUUCCAAGAUAGCAAAGUAUGCUGUGCCUGACCACAUUCUGGUGGUAAAGCGCCUCCCCAAAACCCGAUCAGGGAAGAUCGUGAGAAGGCUGCUGAGGAAGGUAGUCACUGAACAAUCAAGCAACAUGGGAGAUGUCACCACACUUGAUGAUCCAAGUGUUGUCAAGGAGAUAUUGGAUGCUUACCAGAAAUACAAGGAGAAGAGUUCCUCAUAACGGGCGGCUCUGGAAUUUCUCUCCUUGGGAAAUGUGGAAGCUCUCAAAAUAACCAAGCAAACAACAUAGUUCUCUCUCGGUGUUUUUUAAAAAAACUGCUUCCUUCUAGGGGAAGAUGAUUUUCCACUCCACGACAUUUUUUGAGAUGGCACGGGGGUAGGAGCAGUCUGCAGUUUUCCACCGUCAGUGAACUCCUUUUCCUUGUGCUCAGGGCUGUUGUAGAGCAGCUGUUGGUGGUUUCCAUGAGCUAUGCUGAAAUUUAAAAUGAGCUGAAGCAAGAUGCAGAUGUUAAUGUUCCUAUUUUUAAUGUUCCUGUGCAGGGAAAUGUUUUUUAUACAGUACUUCUUGCUGUUUUAAAAGAAGCCUUCGAAAACACUUCAAUUUUUCCUUCAGCUUGGAUAUCUGAGUUCAAGCAUUUCACUGUGGUACCUUUUCUGCAAUUCUGGGUAUUCCAGUAGAUGUUUCAUAUGCAUUACUAGGGACAUGAGAAGGAUGUGGCUAGUCCGAUAAUUCCUCCUUGACUUCACCUAUUAUUGUAAUAUCUCCUUUGGCUUUCCUCAAAUGGAUUUGUUUGGACUUCCCAGGGAUUGUCAGAGAGCCUGUGGCCCUUCAUGUCUCACCUAGGUAACCCAGCACCAGCACAUACAGCUGCAAAAAGGAGCCACAAAGCCCAUGACUGGACUUCCUACAUAUCCUCAGUGCAUUGCUGCCAAGCUGAUUUACCAAAGAUUUAAAUGCCAUGUGGGUACCCACAAACUGCACAAUCCACUGCAAAAGUGCCUCUUAGAUGCCUUGUGGAAAGUGACAGCAGCAUUCAAGACUAGCAACCUCAGAAUAGCAGGGAAGAACAGCCUUUGUCUUUCCUAUGCUUUCAGAAUUGCAAUUAAUGUAGCCAGUGUUUUAUUUCUUGAUUCAUUUUAUAAUGAUCACAUUUCAGUUGAAGCACUCCUCAUAUUUGGGCUGUACAGAAGAAUUUGUAGGACUACUUAUUUCUGAGUUUAAUUGGAGCAACACUGCUUUUUCCAGGGUGACUAUGUACUGGAAAGACAAUUUGUGGAGGCAGGAAAGGCAGGAGGGCAAUGGGAGGUGGGUGAUCUGUGGGACUGGGAAAGGCAUGGGGAGUUUUUUGGCCAGCAGAGAUUCUGGUACCACAAUGGGAAGCAGGCUGCUUGAAGUAUGAUAUGUUCUUAAAAACAGGUGUGCUGUCUUAGAUCCCAGAGUUCCUCCAAGGAUACCAGCUGCAUUUGCUUUUUUUAAAAAAAUAUUUCAAAUGUCUCUAGGGACUGAAUAAUACAGUAAGGAAUACCAUGCUUUGUUAAAUAUCCCAUCUUUCUGGCUGAAAUGCAUUUUUACAUAAGAUAAGUCAACACCUUGUGAACUUUGUGGGAAGUUGAAGAUCAGAAGAUUUGAAGA